AUGACUUUUGUAUGGGGUGGCUCGGUGGGUAGCACUGUCGCCUCACCGCUAGAAGAGUACUACACAGACAAGAAUGUGCUGAUCACUGGUGCUACAGGCUUCAUAGGCAAAGUGCUGCUGGAAAAACUGCUGCGCUCAUGUCCCGCCAUCAAAUCCGCCUACGUCCUCGUACGGCCCAAAGCGGGCCAGUCGCCCAGCGCUCGGAUCACAGACAUGAUCAACUGCAGGCUCUUCGACAGAUUAAAAGUGGAGCAGCCAGAUUUUGCAGAGAAGAUCGUGGCGGUGAACAGUGACCUGACACAGCCCGACUUAAACCUGAGUAAAGAGGACCAGAACACGCUGACUGACUGCAUCAACAUUGUGUUCCACUGCGCCGCCACCAUCCGCUUUAACGAACCCCUCAAAGACGCCAUGCAGCUGAACGUGCUGGCCACACAGAAGAUGCUAAAACUGGCACACAGGAUGAAGAACUUGGAGGUGUUUAUUCACGUCUCCACGGCCUACGCUAACUGUGACCGCGAGCUCAUCGAGGAGGUUGUCUACCAACCACCUGUCGAUUACAGAAGGCUAAUAGACACACUGGAAUGGAUGGACGAUGAACUGGUCAGUCUGAUCACCCCAAAGCUGCUUGGCGAACGGCCUAACACAUACACGUAUACCAAAGCCCUGGCAGAGUACCUGGUACAACAGGAAUGUGGGAACCUCAACGUAGCCAUCGUCCGACCUUCCAUAGUAGGAGCCAGCUGGAAAGAGCCCUUCCCUGGCUGGAUAGACAAUUUCAACGGACCCAGUGGAAUCUUCAUAGCCGCAGGGAAGGGCAUCCUGCGCACCAUGAGGGCGUCCAACAGCGCCGUCGCUGAUCUCGUGCCAGUCGACGUGGUCAUCAACACCACCCUGACCGCCGCUUGGUAUUCAGGCUCACACAGGCCGAGAAGUCUGUUGGUGUACAACUGCACGACUGGGGCAAUUAAUCCAUUUCACUGGGGAGAAGUCGAAAACUGUAUAAACAUGACAUUCAAGACCAACCCGUUAGAGCAAGCCUUCAGACGGCCCAAUGUUAACCUGCGCUCCAACCCCUUUACCAAUCGGUACUGGACGACAGUGAGCCACACCCUUCCUGCCCUGCUGUACGACGCCUAUCUGUGGCUUACAGGGCAGAAGCCUCGGAUGAUGAAGACGAUCACGCGCCUUCACAAGGCCAUGAUGGUGCUGGAGUACUUCACCAGCCACUCGUGGGAGUGGAACACGGACAACGUUGCCAUGCUCAUGAACCAGAUGGGAGCUGAAGACAAAAAGAUGUUUAACUUUGAUGUGAGACAGUUACAUUGGGCUGAAUAUAUGGAGAAUUACUGUAUGGGAAUGAAGCAGUAUGUGCUGAACGAAGAGUUAUCAGGUCUACCUGCUGCACGCAAACAUCUCAACAAGUUGAGAAACAUCCGCUACACCUUUAACACAGUCCUGGUGAUCCUAAUCUGGCGCGUCUUCAUCGCCCGCUCGCAAAUGGCACGCAACAUCUGGUACUUCGUAGUCAGCAUGUGCUUUAAGUUCCUUUCCUACUUCAGGGCAUCCAGCACUAUGAGAUACUGACCCUGCUCCAGCUUUUCACCGCGUCCCUCCUCCCUUCGUCCUUUCUCACUCCUGCAAUAGCUAUGCAUACGGCUAGAAAGCUCCACGGCUACACUGCUACAGCUGGUACCCUGGCUCUGAGCGCCCCGGUGAGAUGGCCUGUAUGACAGCUUUGUGGAAAACAUGGUGUGUCUGGGGCUCGAGGAUUGUUCUCUGAUACAGUUUACACGGAUCCAUGAGUCGGUUCCUGAACUUAUGACCUUAAUUUAUCAAGCACAAGAUGGG